GUCCGCUCAGUUGACAUGAGAUACAGCGUUGAAAAAGUUCGUGAUUCAGUGAUAGUGUGAUUCACUCUUUGCCUCUGCAUGCAAAAAUCUCAAAAUAUCUUGGCAUACUGAAAGGAAAAUAAAUACAAACAAAAAAGAAAAUUUUACAAUAAAUGUUUUUUGUUUUUGUUGCUAUCUGGUGGUGACGACGUUUAAAUUGUGUGUCUAGCAGAAAGAAUAAAAAAUAAUAUAUGCGAAAGGGCUUAACCAACCACUAUAACAAAAAUAGCAAACAUCGGGCAUUUCAGAUCAAAUUAGAAAAAUAAGUAUUCACACACACACACGCUACACCGAAGAAAUCAUAAUAAAACGCGAAAAAUCAGAAAAUUGUUGUCUUCCUGUUUAUUCGCUGAAAUGGAAUGAUGAAAAGGAAUUAAAAAAGAAGUAAAAAAGCAACAUAAUAACAAGAAGCAGGCACAAGCAAAAGAUACCAAGAAAAUUUAUUGUUGUGUGCUGGUAAAAUAUAUACUUAUUAGUAAAUAUACAUAUAUACUGCGAAGUUCUUAAUAACGGUGGGUUGGUUGGGUGCAUCUACAAGUUUUAAGUAACAACGACAAAGUAAUAUAAACUAAUAAAAUUUUAAGAAAGCAGAAAACAAAAAAAAAAUCCUAUUGACCAGUGCUAAAAUCAUACAAACACAGAACAAAAAUUCGUCUGCCUACCUAAUCACAUACAUAUAUACGCCGUGCCGAGAAAUAAACGAAACCUACAUAACUACAUAAACGACGACGGCUACAACGCAACGACGGUACAAACGUAAUUAAGAAAAAAAGAAGAUAUUCCAGAAUUUUGUCAUGGAUCUUGCUUGUAUAGUAUUUAAUGCAGCCAGGGAAAAUAAUUUAAAUCUGCUGAAGAGUGCUCUCAAUGGCAGAUCAGCUUCAGAGAUUUCUAUGCUCAUAUCAUCGAAAGUCAAUGGCGCCACACCCUUGGUCAUAUCCUGUCGCAAUGGACACAGCAAAAUUGUAGAAUAUUUAUUAACAUGGUGCCAGGCAGAUGUGGAACAAGUGGGCUCAGUCAGUUUCGAUGGCGAACCAAUUGAAGACGCCCCACCCCUGUGGUGUGCCUCGGCGGCCGGCCAUUUGGGCAUAGUCAAACUCUUAGUCAGACAUGGAGCAAAUGUGAAUAGUACGACACGAACGAAUUCAACACCCCUGAGAGCAGCAUGUUUCGAUGGCCAUUUUGAAAUAGUCAAAUAUUUAAUACACAAUGGUGCCGAUUUCGAAGUGGCAAAUCGCCAUGGUCACACCUGCCUAAUGAUUGCCUGCUACAAGGGACACUUUAAGAUUGCCAAGUAUUUGUUGUCACUCAAGGCGAAUGUGAAUCGAUGCAGUGUGAAGGGUAAUACAGCGUUGCACGAUUGUGCCGAAUCGGGUUCCUUGGAGAUAUUGCAGUUACUCUUGAAACAUGGUGCCACAAUGGAGGUGGACUACUAUGGCAUGACACCGCUGCUGGCAGCUAGUGUAACGGGCCAUGUGCCCAUUGUUGAACAUUUAAUUACCUUGCCCUGUGUUACACGAGAGAGCCGCAUCGAUGCCCUGGAACUGUUGGGCGCUACCUAUGUGGAUAAGAAACGCGACAUGGUUAGUGCUCUAUCGCUGUGGCGAAGAGCCAUGGAGGAGCGUAAUGUAGUACCGAAGAUACCAAAAGAAGUCCACGAGCCCAUAGCUGCCUACGAGUAUGUAACAGAGGUGACGACCAUAGAGGAUUUGGAAGAACUUGUCUUGGAUCCGGACGAAAUGCGCAUGCAGGCAUUAGUUAUUAGACAAAGGAUCUUAGGUCCCACACAUCCAGAUACUAGUUAUUAUAUACGCUUUAGAGGUGCUCAUUAUGCCGACGCAGGUCGUUUCGAUCGGUGCAUUGACCUUUGGACGUAUGCUUUAACGAUGCAACAGAAAAUCCUACCACCCCUAAGUCCCAUGACCCAAUCCUCGUUGCUAUCCUUUGCCGAACUCUUUAGCUUUAUGAUGAUGGAAGCGGGCCGUUUAUUACCACGGGGUCGUGUGGUGCCCUCCAUAGAGGCCUGUGACAUGUUGAUGAUCUUCAAUAAGGCUGUCAUUGAGGUUGAGCGAGGUUUGUCCAAUUUUCAAAAGCAACAAUUGUUGCAAUCAGUUGCUGCUACUGUCUCCUCCUCCUCCUCCUCACUUGCAGGACAAAGUUGGUCGAUGGAACAGCAGAAGAGCAGCACAACAACCUCAGCCGCAGAACAACACCAGCAGGAGCAGCAUCAGCAUCAGCAUCAUCACCACCAUCAGCAACAACAACAAGUCGUCUCCUCCUCCUCCUCCGCCUCAUCUUCAUCCUCCUCCAUUCAUGAUUGCAAUAACGAUCCCAAUGCUCUCAGUCGUGCUCUGGUCAGUGCUUUACACAUUGGUUGCCUAUUAGCCUGGCUAAUAGAUGAUGAGAGCUGCUGUCCCAAAAUGCGAAGAGAUAUCCUAGUGGCCCUCUACAAAUUAAAUCGUCUCAAUGUUGCUGUUCGCUCUGGACGUACAGCUCUGCAUUAUGCCUGCUAUCGUGAGGGCACUUUGGUUGGCCGUUAUCCAGCAUGUCAAUUUCCCUCACCGUAUUUAGCCAAGGCUUUGUUGGAGGUGGGAGCAGAUCCUAAUGCUACCGAUGAUUUGGGCAAUACCCCUUUGCAUCUGGCCGCUUUGGUAUAUCCCAAAUGGCCAAAUAUUGCAAAGGUCCUGUUGGAUAAUGGAGCGCAUAUAGAUGCUCGCAAUAAAGCUGGUGAAACAUUUGAGUCACUCAUAAAGCCCAAGAAAAUCCAUGAAACUGUGAAUACUCUCAAAUAUACGUCGUUAGCUUGCCUAGCAGCGAAAUGCAUACGAAAGCAUAAUCUAAGCUAUGAAGGAAUGGUACCCACAACGUUGUACAGUUUCAUAGAUAUGCAUUAGGUUACCCAGUAUAUUCUAAAAUUAGAAUGAAGCAAAGUAGAAGAAGCAGAAAGAAAGAAAGACUAUAUAUUUGUCGUUGUCUCUGUAAUUGUAAAACCACAAUGUAGAAUUUAAAUCUCUAAGCAAUCAAACCCCCAAAAUACUAUGUUGCGAUCAGGCAGCCCAGCAGCACACCCACCCUACCCUAUAAAAAACAUACCUUAAGGCAUAACUACACUAGAACGAAUCACGAAGUUAGUAUCAACGAAUAAUUGUAAAAUGGUAAAUGACCCAUAAAAUAAGUCUCGCAAAGCUGAAGGGACAUUUAAAACGCGACCUCGACUUGUUAGCUCUCACUUUCGGUUUCUCUCUCUCGCUCUCUCAGCCUCUCUUAAUGCCAUGAGUAUUUUCUUAAAAAAAAAAAACUUUGUAUUGCAAGAGAGAGCUAUGAGAGCGACUUAAGCUGUUCAAUAAUAUUCGUCGUUUAAAUGACGUUCUUAAAGUGAGAGAGUUACAAAAACAAUGUACAUAGUUAUAUUUUACAAAAAAAAAAAUACAUGAAAAACAAAAACAAAACAUCUUAAUUAUAUUUACUCGAAAUUGUCCUGUAUCGUCAACAAACAACAACAACAACAACAACAAGAAACCAAGAUAAAUCGUAUUAACUGUAGAUAUAUUUUCGAACUGUUUUAUUAAGUCUAUAUACAUAUAUACUAUUAUCUACGUAUAGUGCAUACAUGCAGCAUAAAACAAACAUCUACAUGCAUACCUUCAUAUACACACUGCUACACACACACACACGAAUAAUGUAAUGCAUUAAACACUGAUAAACAAUUAAAGCGAAAGCAUAUGCAUAUAUUUAAGAGCAGACAGAAAAAUUAAUUGAUAAUUUUUGGCAAA